CACACCGCCUUACUAUAAAUAUACACACACAUUAUGCAUACUAAUCACCUUCAUCUAACAACAUACAAAGGGAACUGAGUAAUCAAAAUGUUUCUGAAAAUGUCCAUGUUUAAUGUUUUGGUGCUAGAGAUACUACUACUUGUAGUAGUAGCUGAUGCUGCAAGAACACCGAAAGUGUUGAAUGAAACAUGUAUUGAAGAUGGAAGUGUAGGCUAUGUAGGGGGUUCUCCUAGUGGUGUGUUGCGAACAUAUGCAUAUCAAGAUAGUUGCCCUGAUGCUGAAUCCAUUAUUUUCUCCUGGGUUGAAAAUGCUGUUCUUAAUGAUCCUAGGAUGGCGGCUUCUUUGCUUCGCCUCCAUUUCCAUGACUGCUUUGUUAAUGGAUGUGAUGCCUCGGUAUUGUUAGACGACACUAGUAACUUCGUUGGGGAGAAAACCGCGGCACCAAAUGUGAAUUCUCUACGAGGAUUUGAAGUGAUUGAUUCUAUAAAAUCGGAGUUGGAGUCUUAUUGCCCAGGAGUUGUUUCUUGUGCAGAUAUUUUAGCUGUUGCAGCUAGAGAUUCUGUUCUUAUGUCUAAUGGUCCAGGGUGGGAGGUCCAAACAGGAAGGAGGGACAGUUUAACUGCCAGCAAGGCAGCAGCAAAUACCAACAUUCCAGGCCCAAACUCAACAGCCCAAACUUUGGUGAACAUGUUUCAAAAUGUGGGCUUAGGCCUUUCUGACAUGGUAGCUCUUUCAGGUGCUCAUACUCUUGGAAAAGCACGGUGUUCGACCUUUAAUUCUCGGCUUCAAACUAGAAAAGGGGACAUCAAUGUUGAUUUCCUGCAAUCACUGCAACAGCUUUGCUUAGUAUCCAACAGCAACACCAAUGUUGUAGCUGAUCUAGACCUAGUAACUCCAGCUACAUUUGACAAUCAAUACUAUGUUAACCUUUUAUCUGGAGAAGGAUUACUGCCUUCAGACCAAGUCCUUGUAGGCGGCGAUGUUGAUCAAACGAGUGCAAUUGUCCGAUCAUAUGCCGAGGAUGAAGGUGCAUUCUUUGUGGACUUCAUUGCAGCAAUGAUCAAGAUGGGAAGCAUAGGAGUUCUUACUGAGAAUAAUGGUGAAAUUCGCCAUAAUUGCCGUGUUGUUAAUUGAUGAUGCUUUAAUUAAUCAGUUUGCCUGCUUAAAUAAGUAGUUACAGUUGCAGCAGGCGUUCUUGUGGAGUAGUUUAAUUAGUGUUAUGAUAUGAACUUAGAAAGAGUUGAAGUUGUAUUUCUAAUUUAAGUGUUGAAUUACUCAUCCUAUGUAUGGCUAAGAAAUUGAUGAGCUCUGAUUUAAGAAUUUGAAUUGCAUCCCGUAAAAAAUCAUGUUAAAUAUCA